GGAACACUAUCAAGACCCUAAGAAAGAAAAAUCUCAGAAAAGAAUUAGAGAACAAAAAAGAGAACGAACAUUACAAAUAACAAAUGAAUUUUUAAACAACUAUAGAACUGAGAAAAUAACCAAAAAAAAAAAAGUGACACCACCAACAACACCAAAAAACUUAAUAAUGAUGUUAAACAAAAAUAUAAAAGAGAUUAAAGACAAACAAGAAAAAGAAACUCAAAAUGAACAAUUU